AUGUAGGACGUGAACACUAGUUAGCAACUUGACGAAUUUUUAUAGCAGCCUUCAUAACAAAUACAUGCUGCCCAUUUUACUGAUUUACCAAAUUAAAAUUAAAUAAAAUAAUUAACAUUUGACUUGUAAUAGCAAGCCUCAUCAAAUAAUAUUGAUCUUCCCAAUUUAUUAGAUCUUAAUCUAGAAAAUCAUAAAUUUUCUGCAUAAUAAAAUGAAAAUCAGCUUACAAAAAUGGAAAGCGAAAAAGGUAACAGCGAACUUACUUCAACAGUUCAAAAUGUAGGCAGAAUGCAGGUGUUCCCUCCUAUUCUAGCUGUAAAAAAAAACGUUUCAAUACAAAAUAAUCAUACACAAUACUAAUACCCCUGUAUUCACUAAAGCAGUGAAGAUUUACGUAGCUUAACUUAAUCUCAAUCUCGUUUUAGUAACAGAAAAACUGAAGCAACCAGUUGCAAAAAUAGCAUAGGCAGAGAAUAUAUGUCUUCUUCUUUCUUUUCUGAAGGCGAUGAUUCAAAUUUCUCAAGAAAAAAUUCUGAUGCCACUGCUCCUGCUGCUUAUAAUCCAUCAAUUAUAUCUACUACUAGUGAAACUACGGCAUAAAAAAAUUCAAUUAAAUUAAGUAGUUAGUAAAAUAAUUAAGCUUUUAAUCGCUCUUCAAAUCAAAUAAAGAAGGCAAGAAACUCCCUUGUCUGCAUUGAAGAUUUAAUCUUUUAAUAAUCUCUAUAAUUGGAAGAAGAAGAGCCCUAAUCUAAGGUAAUAAGAGUUUAAAUACCAUCUUAAAACAAUAACUUUUAAGAUGAAUCAGAUGUAGUAAAUGAAGAAGCAGAAAAAGGGAUUUAGUAAUAAGUUAUUCAAUCAAUCUAAAAUCCAUUAAAAUAGUAAUCAUAGAAUAAUAACAAUAAUAAUGUUAACAACGAACAAGUUAAUCAGUCAAUUCAAUAGAAUGAAGGAAAAUAAAUUCCAAGCAACUAAAUUAUAAAUAAUAUCAUUAUCCCUCAACCCGAAAUAUAGGUAUAAACCAUUUCUUAAAACCUAAAUAAUGUACCUGAUUUAUUAGAUGAAGGUUCUUUUGUAAAUAUUACUGCUAAUAACAACAUUCAAUAUUCUGAGGAAUAAAAAAAUUAAAAUGAUUCAUCUCCAAAGGAAAACACUGAGAAUACUACUGAUAAAGAAAUGCUAGACAAAAAUUUGUCAGAUGCUUAGAGUGAAAAGAGACCUUAAAUGAACGUCCUUCCUCAUCUUAACGAAGAUGAAACAAGCAGUGAUGACCCUGAAAUGAUUAAACCAGUAGGUUUUACAAUUCAUAUUGAUCAUGAAGAGUGCUACGAAGAUGGAGAUAACACUUUAACUUCGACUAAAAGAAAACGCAACAAAAACCAAGUACUCUCAUACAAAAACCAUAAUUAUAAAUAAAUUACUUAUAUGGAAGCUUGGAGUCGUGUAAAAACUAUGGAUUUAAGCAAAGAAAAAAAAUUAUUGAUGGCUAUAAGAGAUAGCACUUAUCAAGGCCAAGGAAUCUUCAGUAGAGUCUUCACAUUUUGUACAAAUAACUCUUCUAAGAUUUUAUAAACAUCUGCUUUGAAUAUCGAAAGAGAUUAAAUACUGGCAUUUUCGAAAGUAGCUUUUGAUACAAGCGAUUCUCUGCAUGUAAAUAUGAUUUACACAAUUUAUUGUUCAUUGAGAAAUACAUAAUACUGCCCACUCUAUGGCCCACACUGGUUGACUAUUGGCUUUAGACAUGUUAAUCCUAAAUAAAAUUUUGAUAUCGCUGGAGUCUUUGGAGCUUUAUAGAUUCUUGCAUUUAUUUUCUGCUAUAAAGAGUACAUAUUAGACGUUGUACAAUAAAUUGAUGUUUUAAAUAAAAAAAAUGAAGAAAUUCGCCACUAACCUUAGAUAAAUAAUUAAUAAAAUCAAAAUAAUUAAAACUCUUAAAACCACAAUAACUCUUAAAAUUCCUCUUCAAUGAACUGCAAUAACAACAUAUUUUUACCUGAUAAACUCCGCUUAAAAGAAAUAAACCUUUGCGUAGUGAUGCAAGAAAUUACAAAGCAUGUUCUAAUUUGGUUAGAAAAGGGAUUGCUAAAUUAAAUGAUCAAUGUAGAGAAGAGUGUUAUCAGCGUAGUGAAUAAGAUGUAUUUUGCAACAUUUUAUAUCUUUUAUGAGAACUUCAAAAGAGAAAAAUCUGGUUUCCUUUCUAUCUCUAUAGCUUUUAAGACAACAAUAGAAUAAGUUGAGCAAAAUCCCUUCCAAGCCUUAGAAGUUUUCAAAAAGAAAAUAGGUCUAUACUAUAAACUCCGUGAUUGA